AUGAAGACAGGAAAUGAAACACAAAUUUCAGAAUUUAUUCUUCUGGGAUUAUCAAAGGAUCCUGAAAUGCAGCCCUUCUUCUUUGGUCUCUUCUUGUCCAUGUACAUGACCACAGUCUUUGGGAACCUGCUCAUCAUCCUGGCCACCAUCACUGACUCCCACCUCCACACACCCAUGUACUUCUUCCUCUCCAACCUGUCCUUUAUAGACAUCUGUUUCACAUCCACCACCAUCCCAAAGUUGCUAUUGAACAUCCAGGUGCAGAGCAGAGUCAUAACCUAUGCAGGCUGCCUCACCCAGGUGUACUUUUUCACACUCUUUGUAGGGUUGGAUGACUGCCUCCUGACCGUGAUGGCCUAUGACCGCUUCAUGGCCAUCUGUCACCCCCUGCACUACACGGUCACCAUGAACCCCCGGUUCUGUGGACUGCUGGUUCUGGGGUCAUGGAUCAUUAUUUCUCUGCAUUCCUUGCUAGAAACAAUAAUGGUGCUUCAGCUCUCCUUUUGUACACGAUUGGAAAUCCCACACUUUUUCUGUGAACUUAAUCAGAUGGUACAACUUGCCUGUACUGACACCUUCAUCAAUGAUAUAGUAAUGUAUUUUGCAGCUGGGGUGUUGGGUGGGGGCCCCCUCGCUGGAAUCCUUUUCUCUUACUCUAAGAUUAUUUCCUCCAUACGUGCAAUCUCAUCAGCUCAGGGGAAGUAUAAAGCAUUUUCCACCUGUGCAUCUCACCUGUCGGUGGUCUCCUUAUUUUAUUGUACAAGCCUAGGUGUGUACCUAAGUUCUGCUGCUUCACACAACACACAAUCAAGUGCACCAGCCUCAGUGAUGUACACCAUUGUCACACCCAUGCUGAACCCCUUCAUCUACAGUCUGAGGAAUAAAGAUAUAAAGGAGGCUCUGAUAAAAUUCUUUGGAAAGAAGAAAUAA